GAGGCGUUUCCUCCAGGGACCCUCCGGGCGUUUCGCGCCCCUCUCCUUGGAUAGCAACAGCAACUCAUCCCAGGGAGCUUGAUUGAGCGGCGUCUGAAGCGCCAAGCCUUCUCUUCGCAGAAACGUUUUCUGAGGUGAAGCCCAGGCAACCCAGCUCUCAUCUCUCACCCUAGCGCUACCCGGUUAUUGCUCAGCACAGCCGCCAGGCUGCGAGACCCCUACGGGACAGACGGAGCCAAGGGGACUCCAACCCAGCAGCAGUUCCACACACCGCUGAAGAUGUUCAGGGAGAUGACAGGUGGAUGUCACAGCAUAAUCGAUUUGUCCUGGACUGCAAGGACAAGGAGCCUGAUGUGCUGUUUGUGGGGGAUUCCAUGGUGCAGCUGCUGCAACAGUACGAGAUAUGGCGAGAACUCUUUUCACCUUUGCAUGCACUGAAUUUUGGAAUUGGAGGGGACACAACGGGACAUGUUCUGUGGAGGCUGAAGAAUGGUGAGCUGGAGAAUAUUAAGCCCAAGGUCAUCGUUGUUUGGGUUGGAACAAACAACCAUGAAAACACAGCUGAGGAAGUAACUGGUGGGAUAGAGGCCAUUGUGAGGCUGAUCAAUACACAGCAGCCCCAGGCCAAGAUAAUUGUGUUGGGCCUGCUACCACGUGGUGAGAAGCCGAACCCUCUGCGGCAGAAGAACGCCAAGGUGAACCAGCUUCUGAAGACCUCCCUGCCCAAACUCCCCAAUGUCCAGCUUCUGGAUGUUGAUGCAGGCUUUGUGCACUCGGAUGGCACCAUCUCCUGCCAUGACAUGUUCGACUUCCUACACCUCACAGGCUCCGGCUAUGCAAAGAUCUGCAAGCCCCUCCAUGAACUGAUCAUGCAGCUGCUGGAGGAGACCCCUGAAGAAAAACAGGCCACUCUGGCCUGAUCCCAGCAAUAUUCAUAGCACCCCAGCUCCAUCGGUGCCGUUCUUUUUACCCUGGCACUACAGAAUCCUUCUUAUUCAAAGAGCUUUCCAUUGUUGAAUGUUCCCGGGUGUUGUGUUUAGCAUUGGAAAGAGAGGGGGAGAGGGAGAGGUGGCUGGCAGCGCAGCAUGUGAAUCCGCCAGUGUGGUCAAAGCGCCGCCCCUGAGGGGUGGUCUUAGCUGCAGAUGAUGAUGGCCAGAGAAGGAUUUUACUUUUAGUCAUUUCUUGUUUACAGUGUGAAUGUACCCAUCACCUGUCUGUUGCUCGUGCUCUGAUGUCGCUCUGCCAGGCCUCCCUCCUUAGCCUCUAGGCUUAUUUCAGGGGCCCUGAAUGUCUCAGCGCCUUCGCCGCACUCACAUUCCACUCCCUGAACUGAAAAGUAGCUGCUUCCUUAAAAGUUGGAAUUGUUUGGAGAGUUUUUAUACUUAACUGGGGUUGGGUUUUUGUUUUAAGUAAUACUAGCUGCUUUCUGGCUUUUGCGAAGACACACACAGGCACAGCGAGAUAGAGCUACAUGUGGCAACUUCUGAUUUGUUAGAAAUUCCAUGUUCAAUGAGUAGACUCGCUUUGUCUGUUCUUCAUCUGUUGCGCUUGAUGGAUGUCACUGCCCUGCUGGGGAGGGGAGUGUUGGAGGGGGGAGUAUCUAUUUUUGCCUCGUGCAAGAAGCUGCCCCCUCCUGUGCACUUUCACACUGCAUGUCCAGCUCUUAAAAGGCCCUUGGCUUGGGUGGCUGCUUUCCAGCCAGCCUCUCCACCAAUGUAAAACUGACAUUUCUUCUCCCUGUGGUGUCCGGUGCUGCAGAAUGUUGUGUGGAGCUCUUUGUGUUCAAUUUUUUUUUAAGAGCAAGAAGCAAAUGACUGUUACUUUUCCCUCUUAAGAUAAUAGUCCAUAUCCCUUCUUACAAAGCCUGGAACAGGCUGAAGCUUUACAAGUUUCAAGGUGUACAUAUAUUUUUGUGUCUGUCUCGUAUAAGCGUACGGAUGAAGCAGGCGAGGUCUCCAGCAACCAAGGGCAGAGCUGAAUUGCAGUCGUUCUUUGGAGAGCAGCCCAUUUCUAGCAACCAGAAAUGACUAGAGAGUUUUGUGGUGACUAGGGAUAUAAAGCCUUAAUUCAUGGAUAGGUGAAUGUGAGAGAUUUUCCCUGUAAAAGAAACCAGCUGUUAGAUAGAACAGGGUUUAGAGGUGUUGCUCUUCAACACAAGUUUUUACAAAGCAAAGGUGCUUCAUCUGUGGCUUACUUUAACCUAACCAAGGUUUUCAACCCGGUGACCUAUUUAAACCUGAGUAGUUAGUCUUUGCACGGGCAUGUGCUUCUUCCCCCCCCCCCCAACCCUUGUGCUUCUUUUUGUAGUAAAAAUGCUUCUUCCUAAUACUGGAGAAUUCCUGGGAGUGAAUAGAUGCCCUGACAUCGUCCUUUGAUGCUUUUCCAGUAGACCUGUAGUUAGCAUUUCUUGUGACCCUUGUCUAGCCUUGCUCUGAUAGACUUCCUCCAGCAGAGGCUCCCCCAAAGCCCCAGCCUGCUGCUCUACAAGAGUGUGCUUUUGGACCUGAAGGCCAAGGCUGCCGAGCCAGGGCUGAUCUGGGCAACCCUUAGGAGAGGCCUUGGCAAGGAACAGGGGUGUUGAGGCUCACCCACCUGAUGCUGACGAAAUGCCUCUGUGGUGUGCGUUCCACCCGGAUGAAAAAGCUGCCCGAGGUCCCUCACCUGGGAGCCAGGCCUAGAGAGAUGCCAGCUGUGCCCCAGAGGCCCCGUGGCUUCUCCCUUCAUCCCAGACGCAAUUGUGAAUUAGCUGCCCCUUCUUCACCUUUCUCGUUUGCAGUGGCCCAUUCUCCCUGCAUGUUUGCCGCCUUCUUACAUAAAGGAAAGUCAGGUGUUUUCCUGUCUGCCAUGCCAUGUUACAAAAGAGGGGCCUUUAGCCUUCCCAGACUGGAAAACAGUGUAGUGUCACCCCUUUCACAGCUGUGGCUUUUUAUUUUUCAUUAUUUUUAAAAGAGAAGUCCUCCUGCAGCAGGAAAUGGUAGAGAUCCUGAUCCUGGGCUGGUAUUUUCUGCUGAGGACCUCUCAUGUUCAUGUAACUGGCCUCCUCUUGGCCUGUCCUUCUCAUUUCCUUGCUGUUUACAAGUAUAUGCUGCUGCAACCCAGCAUCUUGUCUGUUCUGUGGUAUAUUGCCAAUUUUAUAUUUAUUUCAGCAAAGAAAAAGUGUGCGAACGGAGGUAAAGGAAUAUUGUCUUUCUUGUGUGUGUGUGUGACUGUAGUGGGGGUGAGGGACUUGUGGGAGAAAACUGAGGGCUGAGUUGGCUCCCUUGUGAGCAAGCGGGGGGCGGGGGGGGGGGGGGGGGUACCCUGGUAUGUCACAAUGAAUUGCUGCUGGGCCCUUGGAGGGAGGCUUCUCCUGCCCCAGUAGCCAGCUGACCCUUUGGACCAACCACCACCACCACCACCACCACAAAAAAGGGAAGAUUCCGCUUUGGCAAAAUGGCAUUGAUCCUUGGUAGAGCUCACUGUUUAGUGCAUAUUUCAAUAUAAAUGUUUAUGUUUCACCAACCA